AUGACUAUGGCCUGGGGCAGGCAGAACACAUUCCCCUGUGGACGUCUGAAAGAUGAUGUCUUGAUGGCAAGGUUCCCUCACAGUCGGCCAGCCGUGCUGAAGAAGUGGGUGCAGAAGAUGCAUCGCAAAAAUUGGGCCCCAUCUAAAUCUUCGGUGCUCUGCAGCAGACACUUUCAGGAGGCCUGUUUCGAUCGUACAGGGCAAACUGCGCGACUCAAGAGUGAUGCUGUGCCUACAAAGUUUGACUUUCCACAGCACCUCCUGAAAAGGGUACAGCCAAGAAAACCACCUCCAACAAGACAUAACAUAGAGGUAGAGCAGGACGUCAACCAUGAGAUUUCAGAGCCAGGACCAUCGUGGGCUGCAGGUCCAGGGGUCUUGUCACCUCAGCAGGUCCGAUCCUCACAUAACCUUGCUGCUGACCACACAUACACAGUGCAAAAGAGUCCACGGACCUUAAAAAGGAAGAUAGACAUCACAGUUGAAGCACUGGACAACGUGAAGAAGAAGCUGAAACGCUCUGAAGAAAAUGCCCGAAGACUGAAGAAAAAGGUACUCACUGCGGAGAGUGUUAUAGAAGAUCUCGAGAAGAAAUCUCUCGUAUCAAGUCAAUGCACUGACAUGCUUCGUGGCACCUUGUCUGAUGUGCAGCUAGAUUUAGUACUGCACACCCUACAGAACAAAGCUGGAAAAGUAAGCAGAGAGCAGUAUUCCCAGUCACUGCGUAGCUUUGCGCUCACUCUCUAG